AUGAGGGGCACAUGGCCGCCGCUCACCUGGUGUUACCGCUCUCUUCCUUACUCCGCCCUCUCCCUCCUACCUUUCUCCCCACGCUCCGUCCCGUUCUCUCAUCCCGUUCUCUCCUUCCCGCCCUCUCCCUCCUCACUUCCCCCCUCUCCCCCCCUCUUCCCUCUCCACGUCCCCUUCUCUCCCCGCCCGUUCCUUCCAGGCUUCAAGCUGUGGAGCAAUGCGGGCACGUGGCCGGGGGGAGUGGUGCCGGGCGUGGGGGCGGGCAAGGGCGCCAUCGCCACCAUCCCGUGCGGGGUGGCUGUGCUUCUCGACAUGCCCUCUGUCGUCCUCUCCACUCUCACCAUCCGGGGCAUGCUCAAGAUCGAGGACACGCCGUCACGGCCGCUGGUGCAGGUGAACGCGUCGUUUGUGAUCGUGGAGGGGCAGCUGAUCGCAGGCAGCAGCGCAAAGCACUUCUCUCAGAAGGUCGUCUUCACGCUCACGCACAACCCCAAGGGGCGCGCGCCCUACCAGUACACCGCCAACGCACCCGCUGAUCCCGCCAACCCCCGCAACUUCGGCCACAAGGCCUUCGUCGUGGUGGGAGGGCAGGUGCGCAUGCACGGCAUGCCGGGGGGCUCAUCCACUCCUUCCUGGUGCCGCCUGGCAGCGACAGCACAGGAGGGCGAUCGGGCCAUCAUCGUGGACCGGGACGUCACCGCAUGGCCCGUGGGCUUCUACGUCGGCCUCGCCUCCACCGACUUCUAUGCCGACCAGAUCGACGUCGCCAAGAUCGUUCGUGUGACGGCGGUGGGCGGCAGCAAGUGGAAAGUGGCGCUGAGCGCGCCGCUCUCCUACAGCCACUUCGGAGAGGUGGUGCCCGACGGGUUCGGCGGCACAAUCGACGAGCGCGGGGAGGUGGUGCUGCUCAACCGCACAGUGACCAUUCGAGGGGAGGACGAGGCGGCACCUUACAACUGGGAGGGCGGGCACUUCAUGGUGUUCUUCACUCAGACCGCGCAGCUGAUAGAGGGCGUGGAGUUCGCCCAGAUGGGGCAGCAGGGGCAGCUGGGGCGUUACAACAUCCACUUCCACCUCUGUGGGAAUCAGGCGGGGAGGAGCGUGGUGCGCAAGAACGUCAUGCAUGACAGCAAGCAGCGCUGUGUGGUGGUGCACGCCACCUUCAAUCUGACGGUGGAGGAGAACGUGGCGUUCAACACGAGAGGGCAUUGCUUCAUGGUGGAGGAGGGCGGCGAGCAAGGCAACUCCUUCAUCCGCAACCUUGGCAUCUGGACGCGCCCAGUGGAGGUGAAGAUAUCAAGCGAGGAGACGGAUGACGAGCCAUCCACAUUCUGGAUCACCAACGCCAACAACAACUACAUUGGGAAUGUGGCCGCCGGCUCAGAAGACACCGGCUUCUGGCUGGAGCUGAGGGACGAGGUGAGGGGGCUGUCAGCGCAGUGGCGGAAGAUCAACACGCUGAUUCCCAUCAACUACCACCGCGUGGGCACGUUCGCAGGCAACGUGGCGCACUCGUGUGACACGGGCUUCCGUGACUACCCCGGGGGGUUCAUGCCGCGAUUCAACGCCACCACCCUUGACGAGGACGAGACCUACUGGGACCAUCCAGUGUGGGUGACUAUCUCGGGCUUCACUCUCUACAAGAACACCUACGCGGGCGCGUUCAUCCACAACACGGACUACGUGGUGUUUGACGGCUUCACAGCGGCGGACAACAUGUGGGGGGUGGAGAUGGCUCAGGUGGAGGGCAUUGUCCUGCGCAACCUGCGUGUGGUGGGGCAGACCGCCAACUACGGCAACCCCUGGGACUGCACCGACCCGGACUCCGAUGGUUGCGCUCCGGUCUCCGGCUGCAAGUUCCCAUUGGCGAAGGGCCAGCAGGGGCGCAGUGUGGGGGAUGGGGGGUGGGAGGAGCCGGUGUACGGGCUGGUAUUCACGCAGAGCCCAUGGUUCACUGACGGGCUCUUCAACAACCUUGUUGACGGCGCUAAGUUCGCCGGGUUUGACAGCACAUGCAAGCCGUCUGCAGCGGUGGCGGUGGGGGGGGACAUGGGAACGUACUGGAACGCCGGCAACAACUUCAAGAACCUCAAGUUCAGCACUGCAACGCGGACCAACCCAGUGGUCGUCCAGCCUCGGAAAUACCCUUCCAGAUACGAUUCCUCAGAGACGGAGGACCAUGGGGAGGCACAGACACAGGUGGCGUUGAGGGACAUGGACGGCAGCAUAGUGGGAUCCGGCGGCCGUUUCAGCAGGCGACUUAGCGACUAUGACCCCAGGCCCCGCUCGCGCAAGAAGCACCCCCGCGCUUCCUUCAGAAUGUCCGCUUCUUCUGCCCGCUCGCUUGCCCGCUCCUCCUUCUCCUCCCCUUCCUCCUCUUCCUCCUUCUUCUCCACCUCCUCCUCCUCCUCUCGCACCUCCACCUCAAAGAAAGCCACCCCCGUGCCGUACGGCUUCCUAGUGGCCAACAACACAGCGGUGCUCCCCCCGCUGACCUCCUCAGGCACGUACGGCUCCUGCAAGCCCAUGCCAGGAGCCAAUGCGUACGCGUGCCCCUCGCCCACACACUGCUUCCGCACCGUCAACGUCCGCUACCUCGAGCCCGCCACUGCAGGCAACACCAACCGCACACAGGCCCACGGCGUGAUGAGCUUCAUCAAGGUGGUGCGUGCGAGAGAUGGCGCACAGCAGGCGUUCGACGGGAACUCGGACCACAUCGAGCUGGAGGAGGGGGGGAAGAAGGCGGAGCGGGUGUUUGGGUUCACAGCGCUGGUGGGGGAGGUGUAUGUGGUGGAGGUGGUGGGGCCGCGUGGGAAGGAGGAGUGGCAACCCAACGAGGUGGAGGUGUACUUUGGGGAUGGCGUGGAUAAGGAUUUCGCUGGCAGCUGCGGAGGCGCUGUGACGGUGCGCUUCAAGGCGCCUGCUGGGGGAGACGCACAGUGGGCCGCCAGGAUGACAGAUAUUGCAGCGUGGCGGCCCUGUACCGGCACCACUCAGCGUGCACCUGCUCUGUUUUCAUACGAGUGCGAUGCAAAAUCAGGGCGGCAGCAGGUGCAGGUGGUGCUGUCAGGCGAUGUGGACUACUACCUCCCUGCUGCCGUCUAUGUCUCCCAGAACCCCCCUGCACCCUGCUCCACCCCUUCGCGUUGUGGCCUGCUGGCACCGCGGGCAGUGUGGCGCUACAACCAGCAGGGAGGCGAGCUACAUCCGCGCUACCCCGGCGGUCCAGCCUUCUACAACCCCAACUUCAAGGACUCCUCCUGGCCCUCAGGCCCUGCCCCUCUCGCCUACGUGGAUUGGGACUGGGAUAUGGUGGGCACGAAUCUGGCCGAGCCAUCGUGGAACAAGCGCACGACAUACUACUUCCGCACGACCUUCUCCCUCACCAACUCCGCAUGCUUCUCGAGCCUGCUGCUGCAAAUGCCGGUGAACGAUGGUGUGAUUGUCUACAUCAACAACCAUGAGGUGCUGCGCCUCAACAUGCCAAAAGGGGUCGUCUCCACUUCCACCUCCGCGCUGGCGGAUAAAGAAGCGAUCAAUGACAACGAUGAUGGGUUCAUCUACACGGACAAGACAGUGGCUCUGCCAGGGGCGGCAGCAGCGCCGGUGCUGACAGACGGGGUGAACGUGGUGGCAGCAGAGGUGCACCUCAAUCACGACAACGGCUGGGACAUAGCCUGGGCUCUGCGCCUCUCCGCUCUCCCCUCGUACGUGCCACAACACUCUCUGUGUCUCACCCGCCUCUCCUGCUGCCUCCUCUACUGCUCUUACCCUGCUGAUGCAACCCCGCAGCUCAUCUUGCCCUGA